GGAGACGGGCGCUCUCAAUUUAUUCGUCUAAACUUGUCGCACAGAUUGUGACGUAUUCACUGAUAUCGAAAUAACAACCUAACCUUAUUUCUAGAAUUAAAAAAAACCUACUUAAAUGUCUGGGAAUUACGAGAAUAACCCGUCUGUGUUAAAUUUCGUAGAAUAUUUGCGAAUACCGAGCAUACAACCAAAUAUUAACUAUGAUGAAUCUGUUACAUUUCUUAAAAAGCAAGCCGACGAACUUUCUCUGUCCACAAAAAUAUAUGAAGUAGUAAAGGAAAAACCUAUUGUAGUAUUGACAUGGUUAGGACAAGAUCCAUCAUUGCCGUCUAUUUUGCUAAACUCCCACAUGGACGUGGUCCCGGUGUUUGAAAAUAGUUGGACAUAUCCACCAUUUAGUGCUCAUAUAGACCAAGACGGUAAGAUUUAUGCACGAGGAUCCCAAGAUAUGAAAUGUGUAGGAAUACAAUAUCUUGAAGCUAUACGGAAAUUAAAAGAAUCUGGGAUGCGCUUGAAAAGGACAUUGCAUGUAUCAUUCGUUCCAGAUGAGGAAAUCGGUGGUCACGAUGGCAUGGAAAAAUUUGUCCUAACCGAAGAUUUUAAAAAAUUAAACAUUGGUUUCGCACUGGAUGAAGGAAUGGCCAACCCAACUGAAGAAUUUAUUAUAUUCAACGGAGAACGAAGUAUUUGGCAAAUUCACGUGCAUUGUGCUGGACAGCCAGGGCACGGUUCCUUACUGAUACCUGAAACAGCUGGUGAAAAGUUGAGAUACAUAAUUGAUAAAUUUAUGGACCUAAGAGCGCAACAGAAGAAUAUACUGGACAGUGACCCUAACUUGACUAUUGGUGACGUAACUACAAUAAAUUUAACACAAAUAUAUGGAGGUGUGCAAUCUAAUGUUGUUCCAGAAAAGUUAACAGCAGUUUUCGACAUACGAUUGGCAGUAACCGUCGAUCAUACUCAAUUUGAAAAUAUGAUAAAACAAUGGUUCGAAGAAGCGGGACACGGCAUCACUUAUGAAUUUGAGCAAAGAAAUCCGUUUGUAGAAUGUACUAAAACAGAUGCUUCUAACCCUUAUUGGGUUGCAUUUAAAACUGCAGCCGAUGAAAUGGAAUUAAAAUUAGACUGCAGAAUUUUUCCAGGUGGAACUGACAGUCGCUAUAUAAGACGCGUGGGAAUUCCAGCAAUUGGUUUUUCUCCCAUGAACAAAACUCCGGUUUUGCUUCAUGAUCAUGAUGAAUUUCUGGAAGCUUCUAUAUUUUUAAAGGGCAUUGAUAUUUAUGUCAAACUUAUUUCAGCCAUAGGUAAUGUUUGACUUUGAGUAGGUACAUCAUAAAAUCAAUUAAGUAUUACUAAUAGAACGAGCAUUAAGUAUUUCUAAAUACAGAGAAAUACAGAGAAGCAUAAGAUUAUCUGUUGUAUCUACAACAUAUAAGUACCUACUUAUAACCGGAUUUGAUACAGUCAUUUGUGUGCAUUUUAUUUGAAAAUUUUAGUUAGCUAGUCUAACUAUUUAGUUAUCAAUCUGUUGUCUUACGUCUACUUUAAUAAGUAAGUGCCUUCAAUUUAAAUUAUAUGUUACCUAUACUAGUU